CUCCGGACCGGAACUCCGGAUUGACCUUGACUGCAACGUUGACCAAUCACUGAGCUCUACCCCGCGCCAAGUAUGCAGAAUACCCAGAUGCCGGGAUCUCCGACACGCUAUGCUCUAGAUCUUGAUGAUGUUAUUGCAUUUCCCGAUAUCGCUCACGUACCUGUGCUCCCCCCUCAAGAGAAAGAGAGCUGGUACAUUCUUACCGAGAUUGUAUCAAACGAAUCCGUCUUCCGGCCUGUAUUUCGAGUAGAGGAUAAGCUUUCGGGAAAUUAUUGGGUAGUUGCUUUCUACACGGACAAUCCAGUCGCAGAUGCCAAAGAUUGCGAGGUGGGACACAUGAUUUGUAUUAAGAAUGGUAUGCCCAAGCAGUUUGCGGACGGACAACAUGGGUAUAGGAUUGAAGAUCCCUCCAACAUCGUGAUUCUCCCGUGCGGUCUUGCAAAGCUCCGACAGCUGAACGCAGAACUUCAUAAGCGCUCGGAUGACGGGCUGCUUUCAUCAUGCGUAGUUUGCAACUCCCGGGUAAGAAAGGGAUGUGGAAAGUGCAAAACAAGAUAUUGCUCGAAGGAGUGUCAGAAAGCUAAUUGGCCGAGGCACAAGCCGAUAUGCAAGGUGUUGAAGACACUGCAUGAAUGGAACCGUACGGACUGGGGUUGACCAGGUGCCAACGCUCUCCGAGCCCUUUGAGCUUCUAAAAAUACUUUACCGUUCGUUUUCAUAUGUGCCAAUUGUUAUGUAUUUAUGCGUUUUGGGGGAUAUACAGCAACCGUCUACCGCCACCAAUAGAAGUCUUUUGCACCCGG